AUGGCGCAUCCGUACUCUUCAACCCCGUCGUAUGGGGGUACGACAUCAUACACGCCGCAACAGCCAUAUUACUCUCCCUUUCCACCUAAUGGACUGCUGCAGCAGCAGAUACACACUCCUCCGGGCCAACCGCAACAGCCUCCGCAGCUGCCUGGCUCCUACCAGCCAAGCCCGUCGACAAAUAUCCCCAGAUUCGACGCCAAUUCCCAGAUUCGACCUCCUGCGCCUCCAUUUCCUCAUUUCCCUCCUCCUGCCGCUUUCAACCCGGAUCUCUUCAAGCAGUUUGCAAGCGCAGGUCUGCCGCCUCCUCCGCCUCCCUCAUUCCCCCCGAUGCCUGUAAACACCACGGGAUACCCACAAUUCCCCCCUUUGGUGAGCAGUGCAGCUCCAUCGCCCUACACUCAUCAUAACACCUCUGGAACUCAAGCAGUUGGUGUGGGAUACAGUCCCAAUGAACAAGUGCCACAACAUCUGUCAGACCCUUUUGGAGGCCCACAACAAGGUCAGACCGAGACCAGGGAGUCGCGGGAUUCUCGCCACGGACCGCAGUCUUACGGUGCACAAAACGCCGGUCAGAAUGGGGCUUCGUAUCCUGCGCAUCACAUAAAGACCGUAGAUAUUGAUCUCGAUAAGGGUCUUCCAUCCUUUGGCUCGAAAUCCGAUCUUGAUCUACUCUUUGCUACUGCCCAGGGACAGGUUGAGCAGGCAACAGCUGAUUCAAGGAUGGGUAACGCCAGUUCUACCGCUGGAGCCUCAGCGGACGGCGGAAAUGUGUCUCCCUAUGAUCCAUCUCGACCUGCCACAAUCCAGGAUCGAGCAUCUGCCGGCUUCGGCGCAUCCACCUCUGUCUCUGGAGCGACUCUCUCCAAGUCAGUCAUGAGAACGUAUGACAACAAGUCACCGACCGAGCUAAGGCAGCUUGCAAAAGGUGCUCUGUUGUCGCUCGUCCCCCACAGUAUUCUUUACAAAGACCUUGUGAGGGAGGGCGUGAACCCACAGGUGUUGAGGAAUCUUUAUGGCGAACUUGGUAUCAAGGUCGAGCUUGAAGAAACACAACAAGCCCGGGAAGUUGCUCAAACCUCAUCGUUGCCAAGUACCACCGACGUGCCGGCUACGUCCGAACAACCCUCGGUGGACGCGCUGGUGCAAGGCGUUGGUCUAGACAAUAUCCAGGCCACAACUCAUGUGCCAUCACCCCAAGCUUCCUCGAAGGCCUUGGGGUUGAGCGUACUACAGAAGAAUGAAAAGCCACCACUGCCGGUGGCGUCAGAUGCAACGAAUGCCCCAUUAGCUCCAAGUCCCAAUCUGGAACGAAAGGAUCGCAUUGCUCAAUUGCUUGCUGCGAAAACAGGACGUCCUUCGCCCGCGACUACAAACGCAAUUCCUCCCGCCAACGACGAGUCUUCGGUGUCGAUGGAAGCCGGAAAGCCUGUUCCCUCUACAAAUCCUCCUUCAACAUCGAGCCCUGCGACUGGAACAGCGCAAGCUCAAAACCUGCCCAAAGCUAGAGCGCAGACAGAGGUAGUGAAGCAACGAAUGGAGCAACUACGACGCGAGGCACAAGCAAAAGCCGAGACGACUACCCUGGAUGGCGCAGCAGCAACCGCAACGAUUGCCGGUGGCAAGAGCAUAGCAGAUUCUGUGACGAUAAGCUCUCAGGCUAUAGCUACAUAUAACGCCCCAUCCGGAGAAUCAACUUUCAUCAUUCCAGGAUUAUUCAUGACCGCAAGCGGAGACCUUGGCUUGGAGGAGACUGCCGACCGAUCGGCAGUGCGCGACUCUGGAGACGAUACUGAGAUGGGCGGUACUCUGAACAACGAGUAUACCGCGCAAGACACAGUUGUGCCGGCGGAGCCGCGUAGCUCGGUGUCUCCAACUAUAUCUCUAAAGCGACCAUUGACGUUUGACGCCAACGAGUCAGGUCUUCAGCCUCAGGCGAAGAAAAUAGAUACUGGAGAACAUUCACACGGAAAUGGUGCUUUAGGAGAUGCCGGUGAUGAUAAUCCAUCCGAAGGGGAGAUUCUUGAGGGAUCAGAGCAUGACGCGAUGCAAAUGGAAGCUGAAGCAACACCUCAAACCCCCGCGGAGGGCGUUGGCCGUCCCGGUCGAUACUCUGACGCCUCUAUGCUUCAAAAGCCUGAGACUUCUCUUCCCUCCCUAACAGCAUUGCAGGAAGACCCAGCCAGUGCAUCUGACCAAGCCGGAAGUGGACUCUUGUACCGCGCCAAACAGUCAGAAAUCGAAGCGAUGCGUCGAAAAAUCGCCGAACUCGAAGAGCGUAACAGGUUGAAGCGGAGCAGGAGUCAGAUCGAACCCUCAGUUUCAUCGAUACCUCAAGGGGGGCAACAAUCGAGCAGCCCUCCAGCUCCACAACCUCCUGCACAGGCUGCGCCUCUCGCCUCCUCGGUCCAGAGACCGUCCCUCGGGGCUCGGACAAUCUCCAAACUGACUCCAGCGCAGCUUGCACAACGAGCAGCCGCCUUGAAAGCCGAUUUGCUUAGACAACGUGCACAACGACAGCAAGUAUUGCAGGAAGGCUUGCCCGACCUCAAUGCAGAAGUACAGAAGACCGAGGUCCGUCUUGAGAGAGCGAGGAGCGAUCUCGCCCGUACCCAGGCAGAUGUUGAGAACUACCAAACGGCACUGGAACGAUCAACAAGGCGGGUGAAUGAGCUCUUAGGAGAGAUUGCGGAGCUCGAAAAACAGCUGCAAGAGGGUCGUUCAGGCCAGAAACAGUAUGCCGACGAGCUUCAACAGAUCAAGCUCGACAAGCUUGCGGAAGCCGAACAAGUUCGAGAGAAUCCUGCGGAGGAGUCAGAGCCCGUACCCCAGACACAGCCUACCACGAUCACGAGCACGGCGUCACCUCCGGGUCCAAAUUCAUCAAAUGACGACUCCGGGGCCACUUUAAGUCAUCCCAAUCGAGAAGUACUCUCCAAGACUACACUUGAGGACUCUACUUCUGCCCAACCGGCGAUCGAUGCAGAGACCGCGACUACUUCAAAUGGACAGGCCCCUGACGCUCCCUCAAAAUUUCUAGUUACAACUGCUGCUCACUCCCAAGAAGCGGUGGGAAAAGAGGAGGCGCUUCAAGCAGCCGCACGCGUGGAUACUCUACAAACGGAUGCAAUGGAGAUCUCCCCUGAGCCGGAAUACCUACCCGAGAUCCACCAGACUACCGUGCCGGCUUCUGACUCGAGACGACCAUCCAACGAUACCUCCAUGGACAUGGAUGAUGAUAGCGAAGGAAGUGUCAGCAUGUCCGAUAGUGGUUCUGAGGCGGAGGAGGAGGAUGAUGACGACGAUGACGAUGAUGAAGAAGAAGAAGACUACGAACCUGCUGAUGCCGACACCAGUCAACCUACGCAACAGUCUGAUGAAGACUCGGACGAAUAUGACCCGGAAGAGGCUCCUGUACAGGAUCUGACGCCUACAACAGGGGUCAACGAGGAGUAUGAACUCAGCGAAGAUCAACUUGACACCGAGGCUGGCCGAUCCGAGGACAUGGCACAUGAGCCCGUCGAUCAAGGACAAGUGGUGUCGGCGACGUCAGCCGAUACAAAACUCGAUGAUAGUGAAUCUGGUCUCGAACUGGCUGAGGCGGACAGCUCGCCCAAGACGCAGGAUGUACCUGAUGGUGAAUCACCAGGAGCUACGUCCAUUCUUGAUGGCAGGGAGCCCUCGACAGUUCAUUUUGUCCCUUACAAGACACCUCUCAGUACCUUGAAGACGUAUCGGUUCCACCCUGACUACAACGACACGGUCAAGACGGGAUAUCGGUCAUUAACGUACAGCAAUCAGAUCGACCCAUCACGCCCUCUGUGCCCGACUGAGCUCUCCGGCGAACCUUGCAGAGACCCGAAGUGCGAAGAACAGCACUUCAGCCAGCUUGGCCUUUCUGAUGACAAGAUCCUCAUCCAAAUGAGCUCGGCUGCCGACAUCAAAGAUAAGACGCUGCGAGAUCAAUUCAUCGUCGGUCUGAAGCAGGUAAUUGCAGGGCUGAAAGCUCGGGACGUCAAAGAGUUCGAGGAGGUGGCGAAUGCACUAUCAGCGUAUCGCCGCAACUUCUUCGCAGAGAAGGAAGAGGCUCCCUAA